AUGUCCCAAAGAAUCGGAACCCUGGCGGUGGCGUUGACCCGGGUGUGGCACCACGUCGACGUGGCUGCCGACAAGCGGACCCUAGGGAGACUCGCGGCGCUGAUCGCCGCCACGUUGAUGGGCAAGCACAAGCCUACGCACACUCCAAACCGUGACCAUGGCGACUACGUCGUCGUCACUAACUGCGCCCAUUUGAAAGUUUCGGGCAACAAGAUGACGGAGAAGCUUUAUUGGUCGCACACCAGUCGUCCGGGGUCGCUUAACUUGAUCCCCAUGGACCGGAUGAUCGCCAAUAAAGGUCAUGGAGAAGUGUUGAGACGGGCCGUCAAAGGGAUGUUGCCGAAGAACAAGCACCGUUUGGUGCGUAUGGACCGGCUUAAAGUGUACGACGGUCAUGAAAACCCUUACACUGAGAACUUGGUGGCGUUUGCCGACGAACAGGCCGAGGUGAAGCAGAAGAUGGCGGUGCUUGAACAGCGCGAGGCCAAGGCCCAGGAGCUCCGCGCUAAGUUCUCGCAAUAA